AUGCAAAUUUCCGGCCCGCCUUUGGCACGGUCCAACAAUGAGAUCGGGCUUGGCUCGCCGCAGCCGCCGCCGCCGCCUCCGAAACCUCCUGCAAAGCGUCGCCGGCUUAAUGUGAAUCCCCCGGCGGAGAAGGACAUCAGAAAUGAACACCUCUACUUACUCAGGAAGGACGGAGAGCACAAUGAAAGCGUAGAGUCAAACACAGAGGAGUUUGAAUGGCUCCACAGCACGACGCGCCGCUUCAGAGGCGACUGUGGCGUCGCCAUGCUCCGGUUCUGCGCUUGUUCCGCCCAACACGCCGCGCUGGAGUGCCCUCUAGAACAGAGCGGAGCGGAGCUGAUGUUGACUCUGGCCCUGGGGCAGGUUCUCUCUCUGCUCAUCUGUGGGAUCGGCCUGACCAGCAAGUACCUGGCCGACGACUACCGCGCCAACACCCCCGUGUUCCAGAGCUUUCUCAACUACAUCCUCCUCUUCCUGGUCUACACCACCACGCUGGCCGUCAGGCAAGGAGAAGAGAACUUGCUGGCCAUCCUGAAGAGGCGAUGGUGGAAGUACAUGAUUCUGGGUUUGAUCGACAUCGAGGCCAACUACCUCGUCAUCAAAGCCUACCAGUACACCACACUCACCAGUGUGCAGCUGCUGGACUGCUUUGUGAUCCCGGUGGUGCUGCUGCUGUCCUGGUUCUUCCUGCUGGUGAGGUAUAAGCUGGUGCACUUCGUGGGCGUGGCCGUGUGUCUGCUGGGGAUGGGCUGCAUGGUGGGGGCCGACGUGCUGGUGGGGAGACAGCAGGGCCUGGGGGACCACAAGCUAAUGGGGGACCUGCUGGUGCUGGGUGGUGCCACUCUGUACGGGAUCUCCAAUGUGUGCGAGGAGUUCAUUGUGAAGAACCUGAGUCGGGUGGAGUUCCUGGGCAUGAUGGGCCUGUUUGGUUCCUUCUUCAGUGGCAUCCAGCUGGCUAUCAUGGAGCACAAGCAGCUCCUGAGGGUGCAGUGGGACUGGCAGAUAGGUCUGCUGUAUAUUGGUUUCAGCGCCUGCAUGUUUGGACUGUACAGCUUCAUGCCGGUGGUCAUCAAGAGGACCAGCGCCACUGCGGUCAACCUCUCCCUGCUCACUGCUGACCUCUACAGCCUCUUCUGCGGCCUGUUCCUCUUCCAGUACAAGUUUUCAGGGCUGUACCUGCUGUCGUUCCUCAUCAUCGUGCUGGGCCUUGUCCUCUACGCCUCCUCCUCCACGUACGUCGCCCAGGACCCGCGCGUUUACAAACAGUUCCGUAACGCCGGCCACCACGUCAUAGACACGCCCACGUCCGGCCCCCUGGAACCCUCCGUGACCUAUACCAGCUUAGGACAGGAGAUCGAGGAGGAGCCGCGCAUACGAGUCGCCUGAAUCCUGGAGGGGGGACAAGAAGGCGCAUCGGCGUUGGGGUUUGCGCCCCCAAGUCAAUCAUCCAACUUCCUGCCCCAUCCAACUGACCAUAGAGAAAGAGUGAAAGAGUGCGAGAGAAUGAUUGAGAGAAAGAAAGAAAGAAAGAAAGAAAGAAAGAAGGAGUGCCGAUGCUUGUGGGGAUGUGAAAGAAAGGAGAACAAGUAGCAAGACAAGCAAACGUACACUGUGAUCACAAACUGUGAAAUAAAAGGUAGCGAGAUGAUUCUUGUAAUUUUCUCAUGUCCUGAUUCUGAAGGCUUAUUGUGUAAAGAAUGCCCAGCACUUCCUGAUUCUGAAGGCUUAUUGUGUAAAGACACCUCUCCUUUGACACACCUGACUGACUGUUUGACAAUAUGUGUUUAAAUUCCAUGUUGACCAUUCACCCAAAUGCUCAUAUCACCCCCAACUUUUUUUUUGUCUUUUUGUUACACGAGCACAAAAACAAACAAAAAACAACCCCUUACAUGUUUAUUGUAUUUGUGUGUUUUAAAGCUCUGACAUCAUUGAGUUUACAUAGAUCUCAUGUUUAUGUGUAUGUUUUAUGGUCCUAUGUUUUUAACUUAUAAAUAACUAAUAUACAGACUCCACAGAGAGUCAGUGCCUUUCACUGCGCACCACGAGAGGAAAACGUUUUUUGAUUGGGUUAGUCACACGUUUCUGGCUAAAUUACUGUUACGAUACGUGCUUGCUCGUCCACAUACCUGCUACCCGCCAGCCGAGAUCCCAAAUCUGGGGGUGGGGGGAGUAAAAUUGGGCUUGUUGGUUGAUUGGUUGGCAUUACAGUUGAUCGUUGGAUAAUUCCAUUUUAUGAAAUACAUCUUCUGCAUCCUCUCACAUUGGGAACGGUAGUGGAGUGAAGUGAGACUUUCAUUUGAAGAGCAUUCAUCUGUUAGUGUUGGUGAUUGUAAACUCAAAAAUGAGUUUUGAUGCACUUAUCAAUUUUUUUUUUUUUUGCCGUUACAUUUUUAUGUAUUAUCUUCUAUG